AUGUACAAUAUUAUGGCGACUUGUGAAACGGGCACAACUGAACCCUAUGAAAGCUGGGAAGCUCUGGACGAUCCGUCUGUUCUCAGCACUCAAAUAAAAAAAAUGCAACUGGCGUCCGCUACCAAAAAUGAAAACAAUAGCAAUGUUGUAAUAUUGCCCCCUGGCUUACAAUUGUCAUAUAACCAUCAUCAACAAAUGACAGUCCCUCAACAGCCCACUGUUAAAAUACUCAAACGACCGCAGAAGGAUAAUGCUGCAAAUGAUAAUGCCGAUAAACCCAAAGUACAAGUUAAAUCUUUGGAACAAAGAAAACAAGAGUAUGCAGAAGCUAGAUUGCGAAUAAUGGGCGAAGAACGUGAAGAAGAGUUGAAUGCUGAUGAUGAAGGGGCCAGUUCUUCAGGUAGUAUGAAAGUUGAAGUGCUGCGACAGCCCAUAGUCCGUGUUGCUGUUGAAGACAAUGUUAUUCGACAGCCUCGUGGGCCUGAUAACACCAAAGGUUUUAAUCAUCGAAGCUAA